AUGGCAGAGGAAAGAAUGACCGUGGUUAAGGGUUUAGAUGUAGCGAGGUACAUGGGAAGAUGGUACGAAAUCGCUUCAUUCCCAUCAAGAAAUCAGCCCAAAAAUGGGUCCAAUACAAGGGCAACGUAUACUCUGAACCCUGAUGAUGGCACUGUUAAUGUUUUGAAUGAGACAUGGACUGAUGGGAAAAGAGGGUUCAUUCAAGGCACUGCUUACAAGGCUGAUCCCAGUAAUGAUGAGGCUAAGCUCAAAGUGAAAUUUUAUGUGCCCCCUUUUUUGCCCAUUUUUCCAGUCACUGGCGAUUACUGGGUUUUGUACAUUGAUUCUGAUUAUCAGCAUGCUUUGGUUGGCCAGCCCAGCCGGAGCUCUCUUUGGAUUUUGUGCAGGAAGCCUGAUCUGGAUGAGGGGACAUACAAGGAGCUUGUAGAGAAGGCUGAAGCUGAGGGGUAUGAUGUGAGCAAAUUGCACAAGACACCACAGGCUGAUCCUCCACCAGAGAGUGAAACUGCACCCAAUGACACUAAAGGAAUUUGGUGGAUUAAAUCCAUUCUAGGAAAGUAG